GUCUGUGGCUGGCCCCGGGAUCCCCCACUCGGGGACUUCCUCUUCCUCUCAGGGCAGGUGCAGCUGCCACAGCGAGACGGGCACCCUGACCCGGGCAUGGAGGGGGGCAAGGGGCCCAGGCUCAGAGACUUCCUGAGUGGGAGUCUGGCUACCUGGGCGCUGGGACUGGCCGGGCUGGUCGGGGAGGCGGAGGACUCGGAGGGGGAAGAAGAGGAAGAGGAGGAAGAGCCGCCCCUUUGGUUGGAGAAGAGAUUCCUGCGCCUCAGCGAUGGGGCCCUGCUCCUCCGGGUGCUGGGCAUCAUUGCCCCCAGCUCCCGAGGGGGACCUCGGAUGCUCAGAGGCCUUGACGGACCUGCUGCCUGGCGAGUGUGGAACCUGAACCGCUUGUGGGGCCGACUGAGGGACUUCUACCAGGAGGAGCUGCAGCUGCUGAUCCUGUCGCCACCCCCAGACCUCCAGACAUUGGGAUUUGACCCUCUCUCAGAAGAAGCGGUGGAGCAGCUGGAAGGCGUUCUUCGGCUACUGUUGGGAGCGUCAGUACAGUGUGAGCACCGGGAACUCUUCAUCCGCCACAUCCAGGGCCUCAGUCUCGAGGUCCAGAGCGAGCUGGCCGCUGCCAUCCAGGAGGUGACCCAGCCGGGGGCCGGCGUGGUGCUGGCACUGUCUGGGCCAGAGCCUGGGGAUCUGGCACCUGCCGAGCUGGAGAUGCUGUCCCGGAGCCUGAUGGGGACACUGUCGAAGCUGGCACGGGAGCGUGACCUGGGGGCCCAGCGGCUGGCUGAACUGCUGCUGGAGCGAGAACCCCUCUGCUUGGGGCCUCAGGCUCCCUCUAGGGCUCCCGCCGAGGGCCCCUCGCACCAUCUGGCCCUGCAGCUGGCCAACGCCAAGGCUCAGCUGCGGCGUCUGCGGCAGGAGCUGGAGGAGAAGGCCGAGCUGCUGCUAGACUCCCAGGCCGAGGUGCAGGGUUUGGAGGCCGAAAUAAGAAGGCUCCGCCAGGAGGCCCAGGCGCUGUCGGGACAGGCCAAGCGGGCCGAGCUGUACCGCGAGGAGGCAGAGGCGCUGCGGGAGCGGGCCGGCCGCCUGCCCCGCCUGCAGGAGGAGCUGAGGCGCUGCCGCGAGCGGCUGCAGGCGGCUGAGGCCUACCAGAGUCAGCUGGAGGAGGAGCGGGUGCUCUCAGGGGUGCUGGAGGCCUCCAAGGCGCUGCUGGAAGAGCAGCUGGAGGCUGCCCGAGAGCGCUGCGCCCGGCUGCACGAGACCCAGCGCGAGAACCUGCUGCUGCGAACCCGGCUGGGCGAGGCCCAUGCGGAGCUGGACUCUCUGCGGCAUCAGGUGGACCAGCUGGCUGAGGAGAAUGUGGAGCUGGAGCUGGAGCUUCAGCGGAGCUUGGAGCCACCUCCAGGAUCCCCUGGGGAGGCACCCCUAGCAGGAGCGGCCCCCUCGCUGCAAGAUGAGGUGAGGGAGGCAGAGGCUGGGCGGCUUCGGACCCUUGAGAGGGAGAACCGGGAGCUUCGGGGGCUGCUUCAGGUGCUUCAGGGGCAGCCAGGGGGCCAGCACCCCCUGCUGGAGGCACCGAGAGAGGACCCUGUUCUUCCAGUGCUGGAGGAGGCUCCCCAGACUCCUGUGGCCUCCGACCACAGCCCUCAGGGCUUGGUUCAGAAGGCAAGGGAUGGAGGCCCCCAGGCCUUGGACUUGGCUCCCCUGGCAUUAGACUCAGUGCUCGAGGCAUCAGCUGAGUGUCCCCAGGCACCUGAUUCAGACCCACAGGAGGCAGAGAGUCCCCUUCAGGCAGCUGCCAUGGACCCCCAGGCCUCAGACUGGUCCCCGCAAGAGUCAGGCUCUCCUGUGGAGACACAGGAGUCCCCGGAGAAGGCUGGCCGUAGAUCCUCUCUCCAGAGCCCUGCCUCUGUGGCCCCACCUCAGGGUCCAGGGACCAAAAUUCAGGCCCCGCAGUUGCUGGGAGGAGAGACAGAGGGAAGAGAGGCUCCCCAAGGCGAGUUGGUGCCUGAGGCCCGGGGAUUGAGACAGGAGGGCCCUGAGCACAAGCCAGGGCCUUCGGAGCCCAGCUCUGUGCAGCUGGAGGAGCAGGAGGGCCCAAACCAGGGCCUGGACCUGGCCACGGGACAAGCAGAGGCCAGAGAGCAUGACCAGAGGCUGGAAGGGACGGUCAGGGUCCCAGCCUGGCAAAAACCACAGCAGAAGUCAGAAGGGGCUCUUGAGGUCCAGGUCUGGGAAGGCCCAAUCCCAGGGGAGAGCCUGGCCAGUGGUGUCGCAGAGCAGGAGGCCCUCAGGGAGGAGGUGGCACAGUUGAGGAGAAAGGCUGAGGCCCUUGGAGAUGAGCUGGAAGCCCAGGCCCGCAAGCUGGAGGCCCAAAACACGGAGGCUGCCCGCCUCUCCAAGGAGCUGGCCCAAGCGCGAAGGGCAGAGGCCGAGGCCCACCGGGAGGCAGAGGCCAAGGCCUGGGAGCAAGCCCGGCUGCGGGAGGCAGUGGAGGCUGCUGGCCGGGAGCUGGAGUCUGCGUCCCAGGAACGGGAGGCGCUGGUGGAGGCGCUGGCAGCAGCGGGCCGGGAGCGGAGGCAGUGGGAGCGUGAGGGGUCCAGGCUGCGGGCCCAGUCGGAGGCCGCCGAGGAACGGAUGCAGGUGCUGGAGAGCGAGGGCCGCCAGCACUUGGAGGAGGCUGAGAGGGAGCGCCGGGAGAAGGAGGCCCUCCAGGCGGAGCUGGAGAAAGCUGUGGUGCGGGGCAAGGAGUUGGGGGCCCGGCUGGAGCAUUUGCAGCGUGAGCUGGAGCAGGCGGCUCUUGAGCGCCAGGAAUUUCUGCGAGAAAAGGAAAGCCAGCACCAGAGGUACCAGGGCUUGGAGCAGCGGCUGGAAGCUGAGCUGCAGGCGGCGGCGACCAGCAAGGAGGAGGCGCUGAUGGAGCUCAAGACCAGGGCCCUGCAGCUGGAAGAGGAGCUGUUCCAGCUGCGCCAGGGCCCCGCGGGGCUGGGGCCCAAAAAGCGUGCGGAGCCUCAGCUGGUGGAGACCCAGAAUGUGCGGCUUAUUGAGGUGGAGCGCAGUAAUGCGAUGCUGGUGGCAGAGAAGGCAGCUUUGCAGGGGCAGCUGCAGCACCUGGAGGGGCAGCUGGGGAGCCUGCAGGGCCGUGCCCAAGAGCUGCUGCUGCAGAGCCAGCGGGCGCAGGAGCACAGCAGCCGCCUGCAGGCCGAGAAGUCUGUGCUGGAGAUUCAGGGCCAGGAGCUGCACCGGAAGCUGGAGGUGCUGGAGGAGGAGGUUCGGGCGGCACGGCAGUCCCAGGAGGAGACCCGCGGGCAGCAGCAGGCCCUGCUUCGGGACCACGAGGCCCUGGCACAGCUGCAGCGGCGGCAGGAGGCCGAGCUAGAGGGACUGCUGGUGCGGCACCGAGACCUCAAGGCCAACAUGCGGGCACUGGAGCUGGCCCACCGGGAGCUGCAGGGCCGGCACGAGCAGCUGCAGGCCCAGCGGGCCAGCGUGGAGGCACAGGAGGUGGCCCUGCUGGCAGAGCGUGAACGCCUGAUGCAAGAUGGGCAUCGGCAGCGGGGCCUGGAGGAGGAGCUGCGGAGGCUUCAGAGCGAGCACGACAGGGCUCAGAUGCUGCUGGCAGAGGUGUCUCGGGAGCGGGGUGAGCUGCAGGGUGAACGCGGGGAGCUACGGGGCCGGCUGGCGCGGCUGGAGCUGGAGCGGGCACAGCUGGAGAUGCAGAGCCAGCAGCUGCGCGAGUCCAACCAGCAGCUGGACCUGAGUGCCUGCCGGCUGACCACGCAGUGUGAGCUAUUGACACAGCUGCGAAGUGCCCAGGAAGAGGAGAACCGGCAGCUGCUGGCUGAAGUUCAGGCCCUGAGCCGGGAGAACAGGGAGCUCCUGGAGCGCAGCCUGGAGAGUCGGGACCACCUGCACCGCGAACAGCGGGAGUACCUGGACCAGCUUAAUGCCCUGCGCCGCGAGAAGCAGAAGCUCGUGGAGAAGAUCAUGGACCAAUACCGCGUGCUGGAGCCUGUGCCCCUGCCCCGGACCAAGAAGGGCAGCUGGCUGGCAGACAAGGUGAAGAGGCUGAUGCGGCCCCGGCGGGAGGGGGGCCCCCCUGGGGGGCUGCGCCUGGGGGCCGAUGGGGCUGGCAGCACCGAGAGCCUGGGGGGCCCCCCGGAGACGGAGCUUCCUGAGGGCAGGGAGGCAGAUGGGACAGGGUCCCCUUCCCCGGCACCCAUGCGCCGGGCCCAGAGCUCCCUCUGCCUGCGGGAUGAGACCUUGGCAGGCGGGCAGCGGCGGAAACUCAGCUCAAGGUUCCCGGUGGGGCGAAGCUCUGAGUCAUUCAGCCCUGGGGACACCCCUAGGCAACGAUUCCGACAGCGCCAUCCAGGCCCCCUGGGGGCGCCCGUCUCCCACAGCAAAGGACCUGGUGUGGGAUGGGAGAACUCCGCUGAGACCCUGCAGGAACACGAAACAGAUGCCAACCGAGAGGGCCCCGAGGCACAGGAACCGGAGAAACGUCCCCUCACCCCAUCCCUCAGCCAGUGACACCGUGGGAACAGCAGGCUUGGGAGUGCAGCCUUCUCGGCACUGGAGUGUCAGCGGAGGCCCCAGGCAGCCCAAGAGCUCAGGGAGCCAGGGACCCCAAGGGGAGUCCUUGGACAAGGAGGCCUGGGCCCUGAGAUCCUCCACGGUCAGCGCCGGGGCCCGGAGAUGGAGCUGGGACGAGUGUGUGGACAGGGGGGAUGGCUGGCCCCCACGAGCAGCUCCAGGCCGGAGUUCUGGUUCUUCCAGGUGGCUCCCGCUGAGGCAGCGGUCUCUGGGGGAUCCCCCAGCUGAAGGAGGCUGGCAGGAGUCGGCAAGAGAACCCCGUGCCCUGUCCAGGUGGGGAGCUGAGUCCCAGUGCUGGGGGACUGUGGCCUGGGCUGAUCUUGAGCCUUAACUGGACAUGAGGGGCAUGAGAAUAAAGCUGAACUGCAGCCUCCUGA